AUGCCAGAAAAGGUCCAUACCAAGUUUGGGGACGCCCCAGAGCCUCUAUCAAGGACGCAAAAUGAGUUUGGGCGAGAACCACGGACUGCUCUUAUCGAUCGCCGGGAUUCUACUUUCCUUGGUCCUUCUAAAACCAAUGGAAUUAAGUGGCUAAGCGAUGGCAGUCCAAAGCUUAGCCAAACCCCAAAGCCGUCGAGGCACGAGGACACGCAUCAGCCAGCGAUAUCCUGCACAGCGUCGACAAAAAAAGCCACCAAGGAAUUCAGACAGCAAUUGAAAUCGAGCUCUGUGAAUGGGGCUUCCAGCAGUGGUCGAGAAGCUAGUGGGGUAGCACACAAGUUAGACGUGGCGAGUCGUUCGAUCAAUGGCGCUGCCCAGAAGCUUACCAGCAAUGGCAAUCGCAAUUUAACGCAAGAGCGUCCGAAUCUCCAACAUCUUCGAAAAGUGGCAGCACAACUUGAGAGAGUUCGCAAAGACCUUCCAAUUUGGGCCAAAAAGGCAGACAUCCGCUGGGCUUUACGACAUAACGAUGUUCUUCUCCUCAACGGAGAGACCGGCUCAGGGAAAAGUACCCAGGUUCCACAGUUCUUGUGUACAGAACCCUGGUCUAAGAAGCAGAUGGUGAAGAUUAAAAACCAGAACAGCGAGGAAAAGGUCAUGCCCGUAGGAGGAAUGAUCGCAAUCACACAGCCUCGUCGAGUUGCUGCAAUAACCUUGGCUCAUCGUGUCGCUCGUGAGAUGGGCUCUCCAUUGAUCAAAGGGGCCCGUGGGGAAGUUGGGUACUCCGUUCGCUUUGACACGCUUGUACCUACAGGUGCAAAGAUCAAGUUUGUGACAGAAGGAAUGUUGCUGCAAGAGAUGCUUCAUGAUCCCAAUCUUAGAAAGUACAGUGCAGUUAUUGUGGACGAAAUCCACGAGAGAAGUGUUGAUGUUGAUCUCCUUGCCGGGUUUCUUCGACAGAUCAUACAUGGUGACAAGAAAGGCCGUGGUGGAAUUCCACUGAAGCUCGUCGUGAUGAGUGCGACACUCGAUCUGGGAGGUAUCGAAGCAUUUUUCGCGAAACCAGGAAGUCAGCCGACAUACAAGCCAGGUAACAAUCAUGGCAAAGUCCUUGCGGCCCAUCUGUUAGAUCCCGAAGUUGAUGGCGCGUUAGAGUCGGAUCGGUCGCGGCGCUCUGCGGAUGAGUCCUCUUCUUGGGGUGGUUUCAGCAACUCGGACGAUGAGAGCAACCAGUUGGUAUCCUCCACUCCCCAGCUCAAGAAAUCGACGAGUGUAUCGAAGAAUAGGCCAGUGCUUCUGUCCAAGGUUGGCUCGCCCCAGGCUCAUGGAGACUCGUCUGGCACUGAGAUGCAUUAUGGGGUCUCUGAGAAUGGAGUAGCCGUCGAGUAUGUACGAGGCAGGCAACAUGAGGUGGAUAUCUUCUACGAGGUCAAUCCCGCUCCAGACUACCUCCACAGUAUGCUGCAGACAAUACUUCAGCUACAUGUCAAGGAGCCUUUGCCGGGAGAUAUCCUAGCAUUUCUUACUGGCCAAGAAGAGAUCGAGACGUUACAGACACAGCUUGAGGGUUAUGCGGAGAAUCUUGUCAAAGCUCUGCCAAAAAUAAAAGUCAUGCCGCUCCACGGCUCACUACCAGCCCAAGCACAGCAAGACGUUUUCGAAAAGGUCAAAGAGCAUUUCACACGCAAAAUCGUCCUUGCUACAAACAUAGCGGAAACAUCAGUGACCGUUACUGGGGUACGGUUUGUUGUGGACUGUGGCAAAGCCAAAGUCAAGCAAUACCGGCCAAGAUUGGGGAUGGAAUCUCUCUUGGCAAAACCUAUCUCAAGAGUGUCUGCUAUCCAACGCGCAGGACGAGCAGGACGAGAGGCGAAGGGGAAGUGCUUUCGGGUAUAUACCGAGCAGGACUACCUCCAGCUUGAUCAAGACGAUCUUCCAGAGAUACUUCGUAGCGAUGUGAUCGAGGCCGUGCUCAAGAUGAAGGCACGUGGAGUGAAAGAUGUCUUGACAUUUUCACUCAUGGAUUCGCCCAACAUUCUAGCCAUGGAGAAGGCUCUCCUCCAGCUCCACAUAAUGGGUGCGCUCGACGACCGCGGGGAACUUACAGAUGCUGGGGUCAAAAUGGCUAGUUACCCCCUCCCAGCUGCGUACGGCCGUGUGUUGAUUGCGGCUGCUGAACUUGAAACCGAUAUUCUCCUCGAAGUCAUAGACAUCAUCUCAUGUCUGACCACAGAUUCGGAGAUUUUUCUUCAACCGAAGUCUGAGGAGGAAAGAGAUGACAUUGAGUUGGGUCGCCAUGAUAUUUCAGAUCGAUGGGGCGACCUUAUCACACUUCUCAACACAAUGCGAAAGUAUGCCGCUGAGAACACUGAUCGUAUUGGUUGGUGCCGCCAACGUCUUGUCUCGAUACGUGCUAUGAAAAUGGCGCUCGCAAUUCGCAAGCAACUUCGUCAACUCUGUUUUCAGCAGAAACUGCUGAAGAGUCUUCCGCCACCAGAUCCUCUUCCCGUCGAAUCUAUCACGCCUGAACGUGUCGAGUACAUUCUCAAAGCAUUCUUGAAGGCGUUUGGUACGAGAACAGCACUGUUGGCACCAGAUGGAACUUACAUGACGGCUGUAGGAAGGAAUCCCAUUUCGAUUCACCCCUCGAGCGUUCUGUAUAGACAAAGGGUUGAGGCUAUUAUGUUUCUCGAUCACGUAUAUACAGCCAAAAGUUAUGCAAAGAAAUUUUAUAAUUAA